AUGAUCAAUGCAGGCAUAAGUACCAAGCAUGCUUAUGCUUAUUUGUCUAAAGAAGUUGGGGGAAGUGAGUGUGUUGGUUUCACCAAAAGAGAUUGCUAUAACUAUGUUAAUAAGCAAAAGAUGGUUUUGAUUGAAGCAGGUGAUUCUCAAAGUUUAAUAAAUCAUUUCAAACAUAGAAUGAGUGGUGAUGCGAUGUAUGUGUACACAGUUCAAGUUGAUCAGGAGAAUAGAAUGACAAAUUUUUUUUGGCGAGAUGGGAGAUCAAGAAUUGAUUAUGAUUGUUUUGGUGAUGUGGUUGUUUUUGACACCACUUAUCGCACAAAUAGAUAUAAUUUAAUUUGUGCGCCAUUUGUUGUGGUUAAUCACCAUUGGCAAAAUUGCAUGUUUGGUUGUGCAUUCUUGCUAGAUGAAACUACAGAUUCCUUUAUAUGGCUAUUUACCUCAUUCUUAGAAUCAAUGGGAGGGAAAGCACCAAAAACAAUCAUCACUGAUCAAGAUCAAGCAAUAUCCAAUGUCAUUGCUAAAGUGUUUCCUAAUACUAGACAUCAGUUAUGUUUAUGGCAUAUUUCAAAGAAUGCUCCUUCUCAUUUGGGUAGUUACAAUUCAAAUCCUGAAUUUCGUAGGCUUUUCUAUAAAUGUUUACAAGGUUGUGAAACAGAGGCUGAAUUCCAAGCAACAUGGGAUAAAAUGAUAGAUGAAUUUAGUGGUCUUAGAAACCAUAAAUGGUUAAAUAAUUUAUAUAAAAUUCGUGAAAAGUGGUGUAUGGCUUUGAAUAAUGAUGUAUUUUCAGGUGGAUUUAAAUCAUCUCAAAGAAGUGAAAGCACAAAUAAUGUAUUGAAUGGUAUUGCAAACAAAUCAAUUUCACUUACAAAAUUUGUGCUUUCAUUUGAGGAUGUAGUGGCAAGGUGGCGUUCUGAAGAAGCAAGUGAAGAUUAUAAUUGUAAAAAAGGUUUGCCUUCUCUUGCCAUUAGGAAUAGUGGCAUUUUGAAUCAUGCAGCAAAGGUUUAUACUAACAAAAUUUUCAAGUUAUUUCAGAAUGAGUUGCUUAAUGGGAUUGCAACAAAUUGGUCAGAAAUUGCUUGUCAUGAUAAUGUUUACUCUUUUGAAGUAGUGGGAGAGUGGGGAAACUCAAGGACAAGAACUGUGCAUUUUAAUGCUUCUACUAUGGAUAUUAGUUGCACCUGUAAGAAAUUUCAGUCUAUGGGAUUAUUGUGCUCACAUGCAUUAAAAAUUUUUAUUGUCAAGAAUGUGACCAAGAUACCAGAUAAUUAUAUUUUAAGGAGAUGGACUAAAGAUGCAAAGAAAAGGAUGAUUGAAUAUGUGCAAGGAGAAUCUCAUGCAAAUGAUGAGGAGACUGCAACCAUUUUUCAUAAUAAUUUGAUGAAGCUUUCUUAUGAUAUUAUAAUGAGAAGCCAAGGAAAUGAAGCUACUAGACAAUUUUGUCGAGAUGCACUUCGGAAAUUGGACAUUGAUAUUAACAGGGAGCUAACAAGACUUCAAUUAAGUGAAAAUGAUGCAACAACAGAGAAUCAGAUUAUUGAUUCAUUUAAUGAAGAUGAUGAGAGUGAUCCUAUUUUAGAUCCUCCACGAGUUAAGCGGAAAGGUGUUUCAAAUGCAAGAUUAAAGGGUCAUUUUGAAAAGAGAAAGACCAAAGCCAGAAAAGAAUCAAAAAAUUCAGGAAAAAUCAUGCAAUCAAAUGUUAAAGAGUCUUCACAAAUUGGCAGUGAGAGAUCUUCACAGUAUGCCUGCAGCAUUCUAGUUGGUGGAAGAGAAGUUUUUCCCAAGCAUCAUAUUACUUUCUUUAGUAUUUUGGUUACUGUAUAUGCUACUGUUCAUGCUGUUAAAAAGGUCAAUUUCUACAUUUUUUCUGCAAUUCUUGGUUGA